UGGGAACUGUCAUAGUAAUACAUUUCCAGUAAAUGAACAGAAAGUUUUAGUUUGGUGAUUAAAAUGAAACAGAUAGUUGAGACAGAAGCAUUUUUUUCUCACUGUCUAAAGUUAAAUCAGACCAAGUUUCUUUUGUUACAAUUAUCAAAAUUAUUUCCAUUUGCUAAAUCCCAGAAAACUUAGCAGAGAACAUUUUUUGGUUGCAAUUUUCUUCAAAUGUAGAAGUUUACAGUUCAGAAAAAGUGAUAUUUUUUUACUGGUUUCAAUUAUAUUGCUUGUGACUUACUGCUAAUGACACCAUAAAAUUUUGUUUAGUAAGAAAAUUCUAAUACUACAUAAAGUCAGCUAAAAAUUAUAUUUCAUAUAAAAAUGGCAGCUUAUAAAAAAUUAUGCAUGCGAUGGAAACUCAGUACUUGCUCAGGGCUCCAUUUGCAUGAAACAUUCAUUCAAUGCAGCAUGUCUCAGAAGAGAUGGAUUAAUAUAGAUUCUCUGUUGGCUUUCACAUUAGGAGAGCUUACUAGUCAAUCACAGUGACACCACGAUUAUUUGGUAUUUUUGCUAAUGAGGACAGGUGCCAAGUCCUGCUGCACAAUGAAAUUAGCAUCUCCAUCCAUACAUUGUCAGCAACAAGAAGAAUGAAGUGCUAGAUGACAUUAGACUUGAAAAAAGAGUGGACCAACACCAGCAGAUGACCCAGCUCGUGAAAUUUUCACUGUGGAAAUGUCCAACUGGACCUCAAGCAGCUGAUUAUAAACUCCUCCCUUCAGCCAUGGCUUAACACAAGGAAUCCCACAGUUGUGACAAAUGUCUUGGACACAAUUGUUUAAGAACAUUUUCUACCACAAAUUUUCCUUUCUCUCAACUUCCCAUUAUUAUGGUUGCAUACAUGACUAAGUCAUCUUCAUUAGCAAUCCUAUACUGGCAUCUCUAUUAUGUCACCACUAGAACAAAUUGCAACGUACUCUACUGCAUUGCAAAAUUUAGUAGGACAUUGCUGUUGUUGUGAGAGCCUUAUUGUGUAUACUCUGGAGGAACAGGAAGACUUUGUUCCGUUUUGAACCUUAGACAAACAUUUUAUCAGAAAUUCAGAUAAAAAGCAUUUCCUCUGGUUUCAUGUGAACUUUUAUGAGAAGUUUUAGAAAACUUAAUAUCUUUCACGUUCAAGGAGAAGUUGCACAGGCUGCUACCACGCAUGUCAGCUCGGCUACGCCGGAUGUUGACCCGCUUUAGCUCUUCCUUAUUUAAAUGACUUGACUAAGUGAGUGAGAGCCGCUGCAAGUUUGUUUCCUGAGUGUGGCAUGAUGCAUUUGACUCGCAUCGGGCUACAGCUUGCUACAUCCCUGGAGGGUUUGUGACUGAUAGCAAAAGUAGAAAUCUUCUGCUGGGAUUAAUUUAAAACACUGCCAAAAUGGCCCUACAAUUUAAAGAUUGCUUCUGGGGGAAUGACUUCAUUAGCAACGCUGGUUAUGAAACUAUUAUUCAGAGACUUAAUGAGGGUCGACGUACGUGUAAGGAUGUGGAGGACCUCCUGAAAAUGAGAGCAUCGGCCGAGGAAAAAUAUGGCAAAGAGUUGGUCUCAAUUGCUCGAAAAGCUGGGGGUUCGGCAGAGAUUUGCACUCUGAGAGCAUCAUUUGAUGAAAUGAAAACACAAAUUGAAAACAUUGGAAACUUGCACAUUCAGCUCUCUGGGUUUCUGAAGGAGGAGGUGAAGAGAAUGGAGGAGUUCAGAGAACGACAGAAAGAGCAAAGAAAAAAGUUUGAGGUCAUCAUGGAGAAGGUCCAGAAAACAAAAGUCUCUCUCUACAAGAAAACCAUUGAUUCUAAAAAAUCCUAUGAGCAGCGUUGCAGGGAGGCGGAUGAGGCGAAGCAAAUGGCUGAAAGGCUGGGCAACACACCCACGGCCACUCCCAAACAGAUUGAGAAGAUGAACAACAAAUCAAAGCAAUGCAGAGAAACUGCAGACGAAGCCGAGAAUCAUUACAAGUCAAACAUUGAGCAACUUGACCAGGUUCGACAAGAGUGGGAGUCGACGCAUGUUGAGAUAUGUGAGAUAUUUCAGCAGCAAGAAGAAGAUCGCAUCAGUGUUAUAAGGAAUGCUCUGUGGAUACAUUGUAACCAGUUGUCGAUGCAGUGUGUCAAAGACGACGAGUGUUGUGAGAAUGUACGGAAUUCGCUUGAAAACUGUGACAUCAUCACAGACAACAACAAUUUUGUGGAGAUGAAAAAGUGUAACCCGACACCCCCAGCUCCGAUUGAAUAUCUAAAUUACUAUGAGAAUAAUGCUUCUGUGCAGAACGGCAGUGCUGGAUUUGUAGAGGGAGUCAAGAAAAGGAUCUCUAAUCUGCUGCCAGGAAGCUAUACAUUUGGCUCCAAGCUGACCAUCAAUGAAGGAGUGUCAGAACCUCCUGGAACAUCGGAUGGUGUAUAUGCUUCCAUUCCUGGAUUCCAGCAGUUCAGCCAGAGCAGCAAGGAGUACAAGGCUGUAUACGACUAUGUAGCUCAGGGACAAGAUGAACUCUCAAUAUCUGUUGGGGAUGUUGUGGUUGUGAUACAUGAGGGUGAAGACGGCUGGUGGACGGUACAAAGAAAUGGUCAGUCUGGUCUGGUUCCUGGAUCUUAUCUCUCUAAGGAAUAAGUUUUCAGCCCAGCCCGUUUUACAUGUACAUUUCAGAAUGGUUUUGUACCUUGAAAUCACAAGGCAUCUUUGUGGCAUGCAUGCUUUCAAAAAAAGGCCCCCCUGUCAACACCCACCCACUCCUGGUUGUAGGACGUAUUUCCAAAAGCAAGCUACUUUCUUUGUUCUUUACAAUCCUUUGAACUAACGGUUGAUCACAACACACUGAACAACUUUAUGCCAAGAAUGCAAACUAAAGAAAUGUUACAUACAUAGAUCUGUAAAUAAUGGCACUUGCUCAUAGAGCAGUUAGUGUAAAACUAAUCUAUUUUGGGAUUAUCUUACUGUCUCCUUCUCAAGAUGUUGGCAACUAAGAGUCAUGUGGAUCUUUUGCACAGAAACAUGGCACUAAAACUUCUUCGCACACUUUAGUUCAAUGUUGAGUCUGAAGUUUUAAAGGUUUUGUAUGAUUUCUGUUGUUGCCUUGAAUGUAAUUUAUGUCUUGUUUGCAUAAAAUAAAAUAAAAAAUGCAUAAUUGUGAA